AUGUUGCUCACUUCCGCUGCACGCUCAGUGUCCGCUGCUCCCGGUUUGGGCCGCCGCGCAGCCUCCGCUAUCGCCUCGAAAUACUCCAAGGCCGUCUACGGAGCCGCCCUUGCCAAAUCACCGGCCACCCUCAACAAAGUCCACACCGAGCUCGCCAACGUCUCCGCUGCUAUCAAGAAGGACCCAGAAGUCGGCACCUUCAUCAACAACCCCACCUUGUCGCUGCAGGAACGGAACAAGGGUCUCCAGGCUGUCUUCACUAAGCUCGAGGGAACUGGCGCGAAGAAGGAUGCGGUGUCGGACAUCACCAAGAACUUGUUCAACGUGUUGUCAGAGAACGGAAGGUUGGGCGAGACGGAGGGUGUUAUUGAGGGCUUCAAUGAGCUCGUUGCUGAAUAUAAGGGCGAGCUGACCGUCACCGUCACGUCUGCUGCCCCUCUGCCGAGGGACAUCUUGACACGUUUGGAAACAACUCUGAAGCAGUCCCAGACCGCUCAGGCCGCUAAGGUUCUCAAAAUUACCAACAAGGUCAACCCUUCCGUCCUCGGUGGUCUCAUCGUUGACUUCGGUGACAAGACUAUCGACCUGAGCGUGCAAUCUCGAGUUACCAAGCUCAACAAUAUUCUGACGCAAUCCGUCUAA